AUGUACAGCUUCAUGGGCGGGGGCCUCUUCUGCGCCAUCGUGGGGAACAUCCUGCUGGUCGUCUCCACGGCCACGGACUACUGGAUGCAGUACCGCCUCUCCGGGAGCUUCGCCCACCAGGGGCUGUGGAGGUACUGCAUGUCCGGCAAGUGCUACAUGCAGACCGACAGCAUCGCCUAUUGGAAUGCGACGCGUGCGUUCAUGAUCCUCUCAGCGAUGUCCUGCUUUGCCGGCAUCAUCGCCGGGAUCCUCUCCUUCGCCCACUUCUCUGCGUUCGAGAGAUUCAACCGCUCCUUCGCUGCCGGGGUCAUGUUUUUCAUCUCCACUCUCUUCGUUCUGCUGGCGAUGGCCAUCUACACUGGGGUGACGGUCAAUUUCCUGGGGAAGCGUUUCGGCGACUGGCGCUUCUCCUGGUCCUACAUCCUGGGAUGGGUGGCCCUGCUCAUGACCUUCUUUGCAGGGAUAUUUUACAUGUGCGCCUACAGAAUGCACGAGUGCAGAAGAGUGGCGGGCCCUCGCUAAGCGAAGAAGAGCGAAGAAGAGGAAAAAAGACGCGGGACGAUUUAGUCCUUCGGGAAGAACCCCAUGGCGCAAGGAGAAAGAAAGAAAGGGGGGAAAAAAGGAUAGAUGUGAUCUUCAUUCUGGUUGCCUUUCUCAAACCUCUUCCAAUAAAAAUGAAAUAAAGAAAAAAAAACCCGGAGGAAAGAGGCAGAUUUCACACACACAAGUGUCAAUGCAUUUGCACACACAGCGAAAGGAAAGCGGAUGUAUGCGGAUUGUUUUUUUGUUUUUUUUUUGUUUUUUUCACACUGACCCCCCAGCUUUUUCAAUAAAGUUCCUCAUCAAAUAGAUCUUGCUUACUGCAACUUGAGUGGAUAAGCCAGCGCUGUUUGUCUAUAUUA